AUUUUUAUUUCUUUUUUACUUGUGGAAUAAACCUAAGAAGUGCUCACCUUCAUGGAGCGCCUUUGCCUGGACGGGUGUGACGUGACAUCAGGAAUGCGCACCCUGGGUGUGCUUCAGGCAGCAGAACCAAGGUGAGUUGCACAAAGAAAAAAUUGAAGUGGUGGGUUGAGGAGAGAGCACCCUGAGCUGUUGGCAGGAAAAAGGAGUAGUGCUGUGAGUGAAUGCCCAGGCAGCAGGAAAGCUGGCUGGGGAGAGAGGCCGUGUUUGGUUCUCAAUGCAUGAUACUCCCUGCGGCUGGGACAAAAGAAUGAGCAAGGGUGUGGUUACCACCUGUCUGCCCAGACCUUUUGAUUCAGAGGGGAGAGAAAUGCUCUUUGGGGAGGAAGGAGAACAUGGGAAUGGAGUGUGAGCAGGAGAAAUAAGAGGAGUUAGGAUCUAGGAUAUUGGGGAGGCUGGAUUCGUAAUCAGUGCCGGCUGCAGCAGCAGCGCUGGACUGCAGUGCCGGCUGCAGUCAGCUGUUGUGAGUGACUCCAAGUGCGUGUGAGAGCUCGUAUGGGAAGCUAGUGCAGAUCAAAUCACCACAGUUGUUUCAUAAAAGCAUGUCCUAUAGAGGACAGGUUGAAAUUGAAGGCCAUCUUUCUCUUCUCUUUACCUAUGUCCUUUGGGUUUGGUUUUUUUUUUUUUUUUUUUACCUGAAAGCAGCUUCUCAGGUUUAGGUUGGAUAGUAUGUUAAAGGACAUAAAUGGUUCUUUAACACCAGAUAUUAUUUUAGGCAGUAAAAUAGCUAGAGAAAGAGAAAUUUACAGCACAAGGGUCAGUAGUGUUAAUUUAUUGACUGUAGAGGGAGACUGGAAUUACAAGUGUUGACAGAGUCCCAGCCUAAGCAAACAACAUGCUCUAUGAACUUUUACUCAGUUUGUGCUAAUCAGAUCUGUUGGGCUGCAUGGAUAACAGUAAUAACAUUUUAUUGUUUUGCCUAACAGCAGCAGAGAAAGCGCUCUGGUUACUUUCAAAAUCGUCCCAGCAAAUGACAGCGUUUCUGAAGGUUUAGUCAUUUGCUUGUCAAGGGCUGGAACAGGAAGGCAGGCAAACUGGAAAACCUAGUAUUGCAUAGCUGAGAGCCAGAGUUCUCACGGCUACGCAAAUCGAUACUUACUCCGCCUUCCCUUUUUCUGCAGCUAGGGCAGCCGACUUUAUUUUUCCAAGGAAUUCCCCUAAUUUAACAGUAUUUUGAGACUUCUCCUGUGGAAACUAUCCCCACUCCCCCUGUUUCCAGCCUCAUGUCAGAGCUAUGACUGACCAUAACUGCAGCUGAAACAAGAAGGAAAUGAGUUGUCUCCGUGCUCACUUCAGAGACCGAGGUCCUCACAGAAGACCUGCUUCAGAGACAGAAGCAAUGAAAAUGCAGAGCUCAGCUCAGGAAGAUGAGAUUAUUGAGUUACGGCAACAAAAUGUGGAGGAAAGUGAGACUGAUCAUGACAACCCUCUAGAUGCUCAAACAAGAGAGGAGAGAGAUCCCUGGAAAUCAUGUAGGAGUGUAGUUUUCUGGAAGUGCAAACAAUGGAUGGUUAUAACUACGAUAUUUCUAGGGAUCUUCCUGGUCAUUCUCAUCAGCCUCAUUCUUUAUUCUAGUGUUUACACAGAUGAGGAUGACUACUGGGAUCCUGAUGAACUACUAAGGAGUGGAAAUUUUCACAAUUUUUCAGGAACAUUGGAGUUAAUGUGUGGUCUCCCACACUUCUCCUCUGAGGACAUUACUAAGAGGCUAACAGAGGUCUACAGUUCAUCUCCAGCUUUAGGACGUUACUUUAGGUCAGCUGAGGUGAUUUCUUUCAGUAAUGAAAGUUCCACUGUAAUUUAUCAGCUAGUGUUUUCUGUACCACCAUCAACAGAGGGAUUUAUGGAAAACAGUAUGAACCCAGAUUUUAUAAGGAACAUUUUACGUCAAAAUAUUUAUGAUGAAGAUACUCCUAAUCCUGAGACAUCUGAAUGUGAUACAUUAAAGCUCAACCCAACUUCUCUCACAUAGAAAUUAUGGAAAGAUUCCUCAUCUUCGUCACCUCCUAGAAGAGAUGUGAUUCCCUAUCUAUGAGUAAUUCCAGGGCAGGGAACUAUUCAUUAGAUAGAAACACUUCUAAAAUUGUCUUAUAAAUACUGCCUGUGAUGCAAUAUUGUAAAUGGAAAAUGUGGUAUAUUUAUGACAGUGUUAUAUUGCUAUAGCACCACUACCCUCAUCUUCUAUAUCUCAAUAAUGUGUUUCACCCUUGAGAAAAUCAUGUAUUUGAUACAUGCUCUGUUGGCUUUGAAAGCUCUGCUUUGUUUUGCCUUAUGAUAAAAUCUGAAUGCUCUGCAAGAGCUUUAAAAACAGUCUUGCACAUGGCUCCUUUCAUUUUCUCUUGGCUUAUGCAAAAUUAUCUGCACAGCUUCAUCCUCAAUGCUCAAUUCCUCAAAUUCAUAUCUGUUAUUUUUUCCCUCCAAAGUUCAUAUGUCACAUUUCCUUGUUGCUCUUUCCUUGUAAAACAGCCUGAAAACCUAUUUUUAUAGAGAGUGUGUGUAUAUAUCUUUGAAUUGUUUACUUACAUGCAAGGCCUUUGCAUUAGCUUCUUAAAAAUGCUUUAACUCUCAUGAUUUCCCUAUUCUUCCUACAGUCUUCUUGGAUAAGGUGCUUUUUGCUCUAUUUUUCCCUUCUUCAAUGUGAAACAUGAAAGAAGAAAGCAACAGCAUGAAGAGACAUGUCUUGUUCACUAAUGCACCUGAGUGUCACAGGAAUCUUUAAAAGGUCAAAUUAGCAUUGUGCUUUUACAGUAAGCUACUGCUACUAGUGAAUAGACAGAUACUUGACCUGUCCUUGUAAAUCUGAAGACUAGUCUACACCCUUAAUUGUAGUUCCUGACCAGCACUGGGGAUAAAAAUGAACAGAUUUGCCUUAAUAAGGCAGUAAAUAGUUGUUCUUGCUGAUGAGAGACUGGAUGAGAUGAAUCAGUGCUAAGAGGAAGGUGAAGCAGUCAGUGCAGCCCAGCGUGGCAUGAAAGUUACAGACAGUAACUGGCUAGAACAUAAAAAUUAGGCAUCAACUUCAUGCAGAAUGGAACAUAUUCACUACCAUCUACAAGGAAGAAGAAAAAUAGAAGAACCAUAAACAUAAUUUCCAGGGCUUGUUGACUGGGAAGGAAGCAAAUUUUAGUUGACACAUUGUAAUUGCCACACAUUGCCAGAAAAGAAAAAAAAAAAAUCUCUGUAAGACUUCAGGUGUCUGCAGCCAGUUCAUCAAACCUCAGAGGUAAGAAAUGUCAGGCAAUUAACAGGACACUCUAAGAACACGUGCUGUCCCCUGGGAACGUGUGGUUUUGCAGAACAGAGGUGCACCACCAUGACCUAGGUCUCCACUAAGUAGCCCCCUCCUUUAUUUCUGUUUUGCACUUUUCUAGGCAGUCCAACACCAGAUUUCAGCAACAGAAUCUGUAAUUUGCAGCUGACAGCAGAGUGUUUAGCGAGGGAGGGAGUCCAGUUUGGGGAGAAAUCACAUAUCUUCAAAUCAAACAUGACAUGGAUAAAGAGCUGUGUCUGUGUACAAGCUACCCUUGUGUGCUCUGAUCUGAAACCCAUGCACAAACACAGUUUGUCUGUAACCCUGCCCAAAUGAGCACCACCUGGUCCUGCUGCAUCCCCUGGCUUUGAACUGCCUCAGCCUGCCCUGAUAAAAAUGCCAGAGGCUGGAGCAAAUGUUGGUAGAUGCAGCUACUGUCCUUACCUCAGUGUACUGCAGCUCUCCAG